AUGGCCUCCACCACCAACCAAGCGCACGCUGGUUCGGCUUCCACCACCAUCCUCCUCUUCCGACACGCACUGGGGCGCAUCAUGGCGACACGCAUCAUCGCCACGGGUGGACAUUCGGGUCUGGGAUUCGAGGCGCUCAAGACGCUCCUUGCGUCUCCCGCCCUGCGCACGCCGUGCAGUCUCACGCUGUUGGUGCGCGAUCCCACCGCCAGCCGCGUCGUCCAGGCGCGCGAUCGACUCGUGGCACAAUACCGCACCGCCAGCCGCGCAUCGUGCACACUGGAUCUGCAGAUCAAGCCUCUGGAUCUUGCUUCGCUCUCGUCCGUACGACAAGCAGCGUCGGCACUGCAGCACCAACUGGCCGACUCGGCCGAGGGAACCGAUAUCCUGCUCCUCAACGCCGCCGUUGCAAAGUCAAGCCGCGAAACCGUCGUCGACACGGACAAAGUCUCCAGCACUGUGGAGUAUCCGACCGAUGGGAUGGUGGAUGCGAAUGGCAGGGUGGAGGAGACGGCGUGCGUGAAUCAUGUUGCGCAUCUCGUGUUGGUCUCGAUGCUCGCACCGACCAUAGCAAAGAAUGCCAGAAACGGUCGACAUACACGCAUCGUCUUUACCGGCAGCGCACUGCAUCGCAGCCUCAAGGAUAUCGCCGAUUUGGAUAGCUUCUUUGCAGCGUCGUCAACGGGUGAGACCAAGGCUUGGACGCUGCGCGAGACUUAUGCGGCGUCAAAGUUCCUUCAGAUGCUCGGCGUGCGUGCGCUCCGACGCAGGCUCGAGGAGGAUUUCGAAAAGCGACGGGUGCCAAGAGGAAGGGUGGAGGUGGUGGUGGUGCAGCCGGGCUUUGUACCACAGACGCAGCUGUGUCGCGAGUCGGGCCUCAUGACGAGGCUCGCCAUGUCCUACAUCCUCCCGUGGGCCCCGUUUGCAACGAGUCUGGAGGAUGCGGGAACGUACAUUGCCAACGCGUGUACCAUCGACCUAGCCCCACCGCAGACUGAAGAGCAAGCCGAUGGCUUUCACUCGUCGACAGGGGCGGUGGUGCAGUCGGCACUGCUCGAGGUUCAUGCAAAGGGUCAACGCUUUGGCACGCUCGAUGCACGCACAGCCGACGUGCAGCUACAGGACAAGUGGUGGCCAGCCGCAUGCGAUGCAUCCUGA